AUGGGUCAAGGUGUUCACGACCCAGGCCCAAUUAGGGUUUCGUCUUAUUACUAAGUUGAAUAAUACUAUAACUCAGCCGCUGUCUUCCUCCCUGCUUGCAGUUAGGGUUUAUACCGAAGAAGUGAAGUUUCACUAAGGAAAACCUAACAAAAAUGAGUAAGCUUCAGAGUGAAGCCCUGCGUGAGGCCAUUACUCAAAUUACCACCGAUGCCAAAGAAAAGAAGCGUAACUUCACCGAGACUAUCGAGCUCCAGAUUGGACUCAAGAACUACGACCCACAAAAGGACAAGCGUUUCAGUGGCACCGUGAAAUUGCCUCACAUUCCUCGCCCUAAGUUGAAAGUUUGCAUGCUCGGGGAUGCUCAGCAUGUAGAAGAGGCCCAAAAGAUCGGUCUUGAAUACAUGGAUGUUGAAGGACUUAAGAAGCUCAACAAGAACAAAAAGUUGGUGAAGAAGCUUGCCAAGAAACACCAAGCGUUUUUGGCUUCUGAAUCUGUUAUCAAGCAGAUCCCUCGUUUGUUGGGCCCUGGUCUAAACAAGGCCGGUAAAUUCCCGACACUUGUUUCCCACCAGGAAUCCCUCGAGGCUAAGGUGAAUGAAACCAAGGCAACUGUCAAGUUUCAACUGAAAAAGGUGUUGUGCAUGGGAGUUGCUGUCGGGAACUGCAGCAUGGAGGAGAAACAGAUUUUUCAAAACGUUCAGAUGAGCGUUAAUUUUCUUGUUUCGUUGUUGAAGAAAAACUGGCAGAAUGUCCGAUGUUUGUACUUGAAGACGACAAUGGGAAAGCCGGUUCGCAUCUUUUAGGUGUUUUAUCUUUGUUUUUGGUUGAGCCAGUUUCAGGAAGCAUUUCCAUUUAAUGGGUGCUAUUGUUUUUGACUUGUUGGAUGUUUGUUUUCUUAUUGUAUUAGAUGCUGCUAUGAACAUUAUGGUUAAUGGUUACAGACCAUUUAUUCUUAUUUCUAUAUGUUUCA